AUGGAGCAUGUGAAGGUCGUCCUGGACCAGCUUCUAGAUAAUCACUUAUACAUCAAAGCAGAGAAAUGUGAAUUUCAUGUGCCACAAAUUGCAUCCUUGGGAUAUGUGAUCAAUGCUGAGGGAGUCAGUAUGGCUCAAGACAAAGUAUCAGCAGUGACAACAUGGCCUACCCCCACAACUGUGAAGGAGCUCCAGCAAUUCCUAGGUUUUGCCAACUUUUACAGGCACUUCAUCCAGAGCUUCAGCACCUUUGCUUCGCCCCUCAUGGCCCUGCUAAAAAAAGGGCCUAAACACCUCCAGUGGAACCCAGUGGCAGAGACAGCAUUUGCCCAGCUCAAGUCUGCCUUCACCUCGGCCCCCAUUUUCAAACACCCUGACCUCAUGAAGCCCUUCAUCAUGGAAGUAGACACAUCUGAAUCAUGGGUGGGGGCAGUACUCUUACAACGCUUUGGGGAGAAAGCCAAGUUACAGCCAGUAACAUUCUUUUCUAGAAAACUCACACCAGCAGAGCAGAACUAUGACAUUGGGAACUGGAAACUCUUGGCCAUCAAGCUAGCCUAA